CCCGCACGCUCCGCGCCCCGCCGCCGCCGCUCACACUGCCGCUGUAAUGUCUAAGAUCGAGAUGUUGAGGCUGCUGAUCAACCAGCGGCUCACGGAGGCCGCGGAGGAGAUCUUCGGGGUGUUCGGGAGAACCAUAGCCGAGUACGAGGAGGAGAUCUCCCGCUCCAAGCUGGAGAUCGACCGCCAGCGCCGGCUGCUGGAUCUCUCCAGGAAGCCGCAGAUUUCUGUGCAGGUCGACGGCUCAGCGCUCUCUGAUCAGCCGGAGUGGAGCUCCAGUCUGGACGAGAUAAAGCCUCCUCACAUCAAAGAGGAGGAGGAGGACGAGGAGGAGGAGGAACCGUGGCCGCCCCAGCUGGAGGAGACGCCUCAGACUGCGGAGCAGAACGACGUCAAGUUUCUGUUGUUCCAGAGCGGCAAGCAGGAUAACGACAACAUGACCUCCACGCUCUCAAAGCUGUCGCGCCAGGAACUGGAGGACUCGGGUCUAGACCAACAGCCAGGUACCUCAGUCCAGUGCUCGGACCUUGACGAGGACGCCCCUGAAGCUUCAGAUCCAGCUUCAGGUAACGGCCAGCUCGACAGUGUCGACCUGGAGGCGCCGCUGUCCGAGGUGGUGGACUCGUACAUUUGCACCAUUUGCGGUCGUGCGUUCGCUCAGCGGGGCCACUGGGCCAAACACGUACAGGUCCACCGCAAGGUCGAGACCAAAGUCGACAAGUCGUACACGUGUGACAUCUGUGGAAAGAGACUCACGCGGUUCGACGGUUAUCAGAAACACUUAAGGAUCCACACGGGCGAGAAGCCGUACUGCUGCGACGAGUGCGGCCGCAGAUUCAGCGACAACUCGAAUUACAAACGACACAUUCGCACACACACGGGACAGAAAACGCAGCAGAGCUGAGGCUGCGCGACGAGGACUGAGGACUGAUGUAGGACUGUCAGGGGAUGGGGAUGGAUCGAGUUGUCGCCAAGUUCCAAAUCCAUUGGAGUCAUAUCCCUCCGACGUUAUCAAUCCCUUUAUCAAUACUGGGAUGUUUUCUGAGAGUUGCACAUUGCAACACAAUGACGUCAAGCUCGUGCGUGCGUCUAUGCUGCUGGAAGAUUUUUUCUUCGACUAAGAAAACCUCAGUUACAGGUUUUCACACAGAAAACUGAUCAGGACCCAACAAGGGAAUCAAUAAAGAAU